UUAUUCCUAGUUUUUGUUAACAGAGUUUUUUUUAAGUAUUAACUACACAACAUUCUAUACAAACUUCCAUUAGAAGAUUAGAUGUUUGAUGUAGGUACGGCUCAGUAAACGUAAGAGGUAGUCCACACGUCAACUAUUAAAUAUUCAUUAGACGUUACAUGAACGUCCAUUAGACGUCUAAUGAACGUUAUGUGGGUAUGAGUCAUUAUGUAACUAUAUAAAUUUCAUAUAGUUUUGAGUGUAAUUUUUUACUUUUUUGCGUAAUCCGCAUGAUGUUAAUUCGGAGCGCAUUUUAAAGCUAACAUUCAUUCAUUUAGUCUCUCUUUCUCAAAAAUUUAAAUUAUUACAGAAACGAUGAACUUUAUUCGUUCAACAAAAACGAUGCUAGCGCACCAAGUGGUCGUUGGAGCGCGUACGUGAAAAUUCGCGAUUAAAUCACACACAGCAGCCUCGUCGGCUCGAAGUCGGGGUCGAACAUGCGUUGGACUGUCGGGCGCAUCAGUUGCACAUUGUCUUCCCGCUUAUUCGCAAAUAACUAUGUUCUGGAACGAUGUAGUGUACGCACUGCUGCUGCUGUUGUCGGUAGCGGUCGGUCCUUAUUACCGUAAAAUACAAGAUGUACACACGAAACAAUGGGCCGCGACGCUUCUCGGCUUCGUAUUAGUGACUUGUGUUUCUGGAGUGGCGGUUUUUCACCCUAUUAUCACAGUCGUCGUCAAUGCCGUUCUCAUAACCAGCCUGUCGUGGAAAAAAUGUCAUCUGGCAAGCCUGUUCUUCUCAUUUUUCUACUUACUGGUAAUCUUCCGGCUGGGUGACAAUUUCGGAUUAUCGACUCCACCGACUCACACGAAUCUCGUCAUGAUGAUCCUCACGCUGAAGUUACCAGGACUGGCGUACGAAAUUAAUCUGGCGGCCACGGCUUCGGACGACGACAAGCAUAGCGAUAAUUCCGAUGCGCUCAAAAACAUCAGUUUCAUGGACGUGAUACAUUACAGUUUCGGUUACAUGGGCGUUCUGACAGGUCCAUAUUAUCGUUACAGAACGUACUGGGACUCCUUGCACAGGCCAUUUUUCAAGUACGCCGAUCCGUGGCCACUCACCUAUUACAAGUUGAAGCAAGUCGCGGCAUUUAUUGUUCUAUUUCUGACAUUGAAUCAUUAUUUUCCAAGUGAUUACACCCAAACAGUAGAGUUCGAAGAGCAUUGUUUCCUGUAUAGAUUUUUCUACAUGUAUCCCGCUUUCGCAGUCUUUCGAAUGAGAAUGCACAGCGGCAUGGCUCUGGCUGAAUGCGUGUGUCAAAUGUCAGGACUAGGAGCUUAUCCGAUUUGCAGCCAGCCCACACCUGGUUUGGGCCCACGCGAUUACAAAAUAGUAGAAAAACUAUCAGCCGACCAUGAAACAGCAAAAAAAGAAAUUCAAGAUUUUGAAACGGUACACAACAUGAAUAUCUGGGGAGUGGAGGUUUCUCCAUUCGUUAGGCACACAAUGAAAAUGUGGAAUACAUGCGUUCAAUAUUGGAUGGCUAUCUGUAUAUAUAAGAGAUUUCCUUAUAAAAGUUUCCGAACUAUAGCCACGAUGGCUCUUUCUGCUCUGUGGCAUGGUUAUGCUGCGGGCUAUUACUUUUGCAUUUGUCAAAUUCCACUUUAUCUACCCAUUGAAGAUACGAGCAUGAAGUUUUACAAUCGAUGCAAGGAGAAUGGAAUCGGUAGGAAAGCUUGGAGUGUGUUCUUAUGGUGGGCAAAACUCACAUGUAUGGCGUAUCUCGGCAUGCCGUUCCUAUUACUGCGCUUCCAAGAAGUAAUACAUUUCUACAAGAGUAUAUAUUUUGCCGGACAUAUUUUAGGACUUUUGAUAUAUCUGAUUUUACGGAUAUCGAGGAUUGUUUUCCUGAAAGGACGUAACAAGGAAGAGUCUAAGAAAAGUAACUAAAAUAUUUACAGAGGGUCUUUUUUACUGGGGAAAAACAAAAACAGUUUGUUUAUGUAAGAAUGUAAACAAAACAAAACAAAACCGAUGUACGAGCAUGUCAGUAAGAAUCAAGAAGAAUAACAAUAAAAAGUCUAUUUCUCUACUUGA